AUGCAUCCAAGGAUCUAUCUGCAAAGAUCAAUACUCCAUACACGAACAAAUACUCCAUCUUUGCACGAGUCGAGGUCAUACCGACGCAAUUGGAACCACCCAGGCGAACCCGGUCCUUACCAAAUAUUUUUAAAUAGCCUAGCUAGGACUCAAAGAAAAAGAUAUGUAUCUUCAGGGCCAAUCAUUGACAUAUGGACACGAGAUGUGGAAUCGCCAGAAAUCGGCGAUCAUGAUGGGGAGAUGAAAUCCACGGGCGCGCAUCCGGUGACACCGCCAAAACACAGCAGCGAAAAAGAUGAAGUGGCCGUUCAGGAUAAGGAACCUAUUCCUGCUACUGGGCUCAACGUUUCAAAGGCUUCUCCCGCAAAGCCAUCGGCCUCAAAUCCGAAAAGCAACGAAAGAUCAGCGAGAGAACUUGCACGUGCCAGACGCGUGAAAUCUACAUCCACUCAAUCCGACACCGAGCAUCCUCCUGGGAAUAGUUUCGAUUGGAAUUUUGACAAGAUCGUCGUGUCACAACUUGGAGAAGUAGUAAAGCUACGUCGCGUAAUGUUUUCGGUGCUUGCGUCUUCCUUGUUGUCCAAGGAAGAGAUCAAAAGGAGAAGAGAAAUCAAUAAUGCAGCACUGAAUAAUGCGCAAACUUGGGCCAGGCUGUUGUGCUUUCGAAAUAACAUCGAUCCCUCAUCUUUGUCAGAAUCUUCCUCCCUCCGAGAGAUUCCGAAUCGUGCCAAUUACUUCAGAUCCGGUAAAAGCUACGAGGGAGCCCUCCUCGAUUUCUAUCGCUUCUACAUCAGGAUGAGAUUAAAAUGGCAUGCCGACACUGAAAUAUGGAAAACCAAGCGCCCCAAAGCUAUGGGAAAGGUCCAAUCGAAAUUAGUAGAGCUAGAGGGAAUGAUGUUACUGGACCAGAUUGUGGAUUCUGCAAAGGAACUAAUCAAAAGAUCUGGCCUAGUCGAAAGCAUGGUUGAAGCAGCUCUUGACUCAGAGCCUCCUCCCAAUGAGGUGAAUAUCGAUGGGGAAAGAUCUUUGAGAGACAGUGUCAAAAUCCUUGUCAAAAACGAACUGGGAGUGACUGAAUCCGCCCGAUCCACGAAGCCUCAAAUCAGAGCAUCUCCUUACGGCUCGGCAGUGGUUCAAGAACUCCCGGAACUCAUCCAGAAAACCGCCACAAAUGACCAGGGCCCACCAAUUUCCCCAAUUGAGAUGGACUUUCCAUCGCGACACUACAUGUUCCGUAAUAUAGUGGACAACUUCAAAAUUCUCUUCUACGAGUUCGGCAUAGAUCACCUCCCCACGAUCAUGAAAGAGCUUAGGUGGGACUCGCCAGAGGCAGUCAGCAUAGGUGAAUUCACUGCAAUUCUAGACAUCAGGUUGGUCAGAGUGCAUAGGCUUUCAAAUCGCUCAAAGCGCAUUCUGUGGGAUCACUUUCGCCCGUAUAACGACGACAUUAAGGCUUUGCUACAGAUACGCAAUCUCUACGCUCAUGAGGAGACAAGCAGCGGGAUAGAUGAAGUAGAGAAUUACCUGAAGAAAAUAGAGCACCUAGCCCGACAUGCAUUCCGAGAUGAAAAUCUUCCUCUUGGUAAAAGAUCUCCGACUCUUCCACUCCUCAGCGAAAGAGUGGCCGGGCAUAUUAACAUGUUCCGUGUGGAGCUGAAGAAUUUUAAAGAGGAGUAUGUUCGUCGGAAGGAGCAGCUUACGGCGUCGCUUGAAACGGACCUCGCAUCGAUACAGAAGCAAAGAGAAAAGUUAGAUCUACAGGAAAGGGUCAUUCGAGAUCAAUAUUUGCAGAAGGAACAGGCCAUCCGCAAAAGAAACCCGAGUAAUGAGAGGAUUCUAGCGUUGUCGAGAAAGAGGAUUCAAAAUACGGUACCAAGAUCUUUGCGGCAAUCAAGGUUGCUCUCGGCCCAGCAGGGUGACAAAAAGGCUGUACAGGUCGAGGAAGAGAAUAUCGUACGAAAGCAGGAUGCAGAGGAUUCUCUCAAAGAGCAGAAAACCAAGGAUUCCUCAAGCAUGCAGAUAGCCAAUGAGCUCAAAGAUAAACUUGAAGUACCUCAAGAAAAAGGAAAGGAAGAAGGCGACGCUUCACAGAACCACGACAUUGAUCCAGAUCCGGGAUCAUCAGGGAAAGGAUAG